AUGGACGGCCACACGCCCACUCUUUCUCCAGAUAUGGAGGAGCAAAUACGAGGGAUGAUCCUGUCUGAGAGCCCAUCCACGUCUUCAGGACCAUUCGAUGCAAGCGCCGGCAACACUGCGCAUCCGGCUGUCCGCCUGCCGCCAUCGACCAUGUACGGCCAACCACCCCCCAAGCAAUUCGCUCCACCACCGUAUCCGCAAAAUCAAGAACAGUUUCAUCAUCAGCGUCAGCAACCGGAUCGCCGCUGGCAAGGUGAGCGCAACUUCAACGCUGCCGGCGGAGUACCUCCUCCCCAGAACCCACCAUACGGUAGGCAACAGCAACCCCCGUACGCUCAACGUCCAGCGCGUGGAAACUACAGCCAACAGCAUGGCCACUACCCUCCGCCAAAUGGCCGCGGCGGACCACCUCCUUCCUUCGCGACUCCACACCAACAACGAGCCAGGCACCAGCAACAAAUGCAACUGGAUCCCAAUGCUUUCCAACGAGGCGGCUUUGCUCCACCACCCAGAGGACGCGGUCAAGGCCCACAACAACUCUUCAACCCACACCAGCCUCGUGCGCCCAUGCCCAACCAAUGGUGGGAGCCGCCCGCGCGGCAGAAGCAGUACCUAGAGACUCUAGCUGCCGAGCAGAUCUCCAAAGUCGAGAUGAGCUCUUCCGAAUACCGGGAGAAGGAGUCGUUCCGCGCCACCCUCGAGCGCAUCUGCCUUGAGGUCUGUGAGAGUAACCCGGAUCGCCUACCCAGGAUCUCGCUCGAGCCUUUCGGCAGCUUCAAGUCGGGUUUUGCGUCAGCUGGCUCGGACAUGGAUCUUGUCAUAGUAGUCAAGGACCGAAGUUCGACCACUGCCUGCUUCUCUCUACUGGAAGAUGACCUGCCGCGAGCGCUAGAGAAGCGACUCCUCGAGCUUGGUAUUGGCGCGAGGUUGCUCACGCGCACCAGAGUGCCCAUCAUCAAAGUCUGCGAGAAGCCGGAAGACGAGUUCCUGGGAAAGCUGAGGGAGGAGCGUGAGAAGUGGGACGUGCUUCCGGAGAAGGAGAAGUAUCCUCACCUGCAUUCAAGCGAUGACGAUGACGCUGCAGCUCAGGAGGAUCCGCCUAUUCAAACUCUUGAGGCAGAUGAGGCGGCUGACGUACCAAUUGCCACAGUCGUCGAUGGUGUCGACGCGGUGCCGCAGCCCAAGAGCAACGGAAAGAAUGGGACUACUGGUCAUGUAAACGGCCACACAACCAACGUCGUUCAUCAACAAGCGAAUGGGGUAAAGACUGGUCUUAGCAGCGAACCGACAGGGGCGAACGCAGCACAGAAACAACGCCGGCCUGACAACAAACCAUGGACCCGCGAGCGUAAAGCUGGACCACUCGACUUCCCCAGCUCUGGUGUUGGCAUACAGUGCGACAUCAACUUCUUCAACCCUCUGGGACUGCACAACACCCAACUGCUCCGUUGCUACUCACUUUCGGACCCUCGCGUACGACCAAUGGUCCUGUUCGUCAAGGCGUGGGCCAAACACCGUAAGAUCAACAGCUCGUACUCGGGCACAUUGUCCAGCUACGGGUUCGUGCUGAUGGUGCUUCACUAUCUCAUCAAUGUCGCCAACCCGCCGGUUCUACGCAAUCUUCAGGCUGGCCCGAUGCCUCCAGGUGUCUCGCUUCCAGAAGGUGUGGAGGUUGACGGCUGGCACGUCAGGUUCUGGCGCAAUGAAACAGAGAUAACCGAGGCGGUCCAGCGCAGACACAUGAGCAUCAACUCCGAACCAGUCGGGUCCCUACUAGCAGGCUUCUUCCACUACUACUCUUCUCUCGGCGGUGGCAACACUUUUCGCUGGAUGAACGAGGUGCUCUCACUACGCUCACCACAUGGGAUCCUCACAAAAGAAGAGAAAGGCUGGGUCCGCGCUGUGACUGAGGAGGGAGAGGGCAAGAAGAUCCAGCACCGGUACCUCUUCUGCAUCGAGGAUCCGUUUGAGCUCAGCCACAAUGUCGCCAGGACUGUGACGCACAAGGGAAUUGUGGCGAUUAGAGAUGAGUUUCGAAGAGCUCAUCGCAUUUUGCUGAGUGUUGGCUAUGGCAAUCCAUCUCAGGAUGGGGAGUUGUUUGAUGAUCUGGUGGAGGCGGAGGAGCUGCCAUCAGCGAAUACGGCGACUAAAAUGAACGGGACGACGAUGGGGCCAGACGAGCGAAACAAUACUGCGCAUCAGCAGCAGCGAGCUCCCACGCAUCAGCUGCCCCAUCGUCCUCGCUCAGGAGUCCAGCAGCAGCCGCUACCUUCCCGGCCCAACACCAAGCUCUUCAACCCAGGCGACAACGACGCUUUCCCAGCCCUCAGCACCCCAUCCCCCAAAGGACCGCAACCAAAGAAGAAGUCCAGGAAGAGCCCACAAGAGACCAAGGAUGUCGGUGAUGACUUCAGCGAGAUCUCUGGGGACAAGGCCAAGGCGAUCCUGGAGGAGGUGAAGCGGAAGAAGGACGAGAAGCAGGCGGAGGAUACGGCGACGCUGGCGGCGGAGAGCGUGUUGGAUGGGAUUGACUGA